AUUUGGUCAACAGGAAGACCGAUCCAACACGGAUAUGGUGGAAAAGAAAGAGGUAUUCCAUGAUUACUUGUUUUCUAACAAGUACGAAGUCGCCGGGUUCGAUUUGGUCACCGAUGAAGUUAUGGCAGUUCAAUACCGCUCCAAGAAGGACUACAUUGCGACGAGCAAAAAGACCAAUGUUGUUAUCGCAGCUUUUACGACUGCGUACGCACGGCUACACUUAUUAAAAUUCAUGGAAAUGGUUGGAGACCGUUUGUUAUACCACGAUACAGACAGCAUUUUCUACAUCCAUAGAGACGAUUUGCCCGAUCCACCAACGGGAACGUGCUUGGGUGAUUUGUCCUCGUCUUUACAGCCUGACGAGUACAUUGACGAAUUUGUAGCGCUUGGACCAAAAAGCUAUGCUUACCGGACAAAUACUGGAUGUGAAACGAUAAAAGUCAAGGGAUUUACGUUGACACGGCAAGCGAAAAACAGCUAAACCUGGAAAGCCUGAAAGAGAUGCUACUGGAAAGCCUGGCACCACCGGACCAGCCAAGCGGAAUUACCGUGAAUUAUCCGUUCAACAUAACACGCAAUAAGCGCAAGCUGGAAGUUUCGUCGGCGGAAAUUAACAAACGAUUUAAACUUACUUACUCAAAACGUAGAAUUGUUGACUCUGAUUUUAACACUCGCCCAUGGGGUGAUGUUUCGAUUGAGUAAAUCAUCAACUUCCAGUGCGGUGCAAUUGUUAAUAAAGGUCCUGACACUGUGGCUUGCUCCGAAAAAUGCUUCCAGCAGUAUUAUAAGAAUUAACAUAACAAUAAUGCAAGUCCCCACCACGGCUUCGCAAAAGUUUUUUUUACACACAAUGCGCGCCAUUGUAACAAAAGUCACUUGUUUUUUUUUUCUAGAUUUUAUGCGUUCCGUGGUGCCUUUAAUACUUACUUCCUCCCGAAAGACUGUAAUUAGUUAACUAUUGUAUUAAAUUUUAACUACAUAUAUAUAUAUAUAUAUAUAUAGUAUUAUAGUAUGCACUAUGGACAUACACUAUACAAUU